CCGAGAACAGAGGUCACCAGAGGUCGCCCUUUAGCCUCUUGCCAGCUCCUCUCUUCUCUUCUCGUUUCCACCCUUCUAGCUUUUCUUGUCCUCGUUUCUUCUACAGGCGAAACACAAUUAUAAGCGUUCUACAGCUUCCUGCACGGAGAGCAACGCAGUUAUCCUUUGCUUUGAAUCACCACCUCACGACGCACUCGGAAACGGUGCCGUAACAUAAUCUAUCCUUGUCGUCACUUGCGAUGAGCUUGAAUAAGCAUCUUGCUGAGAGCAAUAGCAUCAUGACCGACUCAUCACCAUCACCAUCUCCGUCGACGUCCAGCAACGUCGACAACAGCACCGAGCCCACAUCCAUUUCCACACAGUCAUUAUCCACUGUGAAGGAGAAUACUGCUGGAGAGCGGAAACCACCACCAAAGACGAAAUGGCCAUACGACGCGACGAAUGCGCUGGACGAUAUUCCUGGAGUUGCGUUCGCGCUGGACGAGUUCUUGCAGAGUAGGAUGGUUGAGAGUGAGGACUAUUGCCAUGAGAUGGACCCGAAGAAGGAACGGUUGUAUUUCGCAACAGGAUAUGGCUUAAUUCAAUGCGUCAAAGCGAUGAUGUCCUACGAGGACGAGGACCUCUUGGUUGCUAUCGGACAUACAAAGCACGGCAACAUAGUUGCUCAACAACACCGCAAGAAGGCCGCUUCCCUCCCAUGGCGUCUCGCGGGGUACACUUCGUCGGGCGUUUCGUGGAUCAAGAGUAUGACGAACGUCGAGAGACACGCGGAGCUUGUGUAUGCUGAGUCAUUAUUUGAGAAGGCAUUACUAGGUAUCGUGUACUCCGGCGACUGGCUCGCUUUCAUCAAAGAAGCCCUCAAUAUGCGAACAACAAUCUCUACCUACCGUCAACUCGGCAAAUACCUCGACCACAUGGACGCCGAAGCCGUCUCCUCAGGCCGCGGUCCCAUCGACACCUCAAUCGACGUCCACUUCCGUUCUGGCGUCUAUCUCGGCCUAGGAAUUCUCAACAUCGUGCUCAGUCUCAUGCCGUCUCGUUUGAUGGCCAUCGUAGAGCUGUUCGGUUACAAGGGCGACAGGCACGAGGGAUUGGAGUUGCUCAUGAAGGUGGGAGGUUGGGGGAAGGAGGACGUGAGAAAGGGUGGAGAUGGGAAGGAGAGGCCGGGGGUGAGCAGGGAGGAGGAGGGGGUGAGGAGGAGUAUUUGUGAUAUGGCGCUUGUGAUUUUUCAUCUUGUGCUUUCGAGCUUUACGUUUGAUGGGGUGGACGUGAUGAUGGCGCAGAAGAUUUUGGAUUGGAAUGUGGAGCGGUAUCCGAACGGUGUCUUCUUCCUCUUUGGUCAAGGCCGGCUCUCCCUCGUCCGUUCACAACCGAAACGUGCGAUUGAGUAUUACCAGAAGGCGAUGUCAGCGCAGAACCAGUACCGGAAUUUGCACCAUAUAUCGUUCUGGGAGAUGGCUGUCGCGAAUCUAGCGCUUUGGGAACUGAGCGAAAGCUUGGUCUGUUGGAGGAGCUUGCAUAAGGAGUCCACGUGGUCGAAAGCGUGUUAUGCGUACGGGACGGCAGCAAUACUUCUUCAGCUGGGUGGGGAUGAGUAUCGAGAAGAAGCUCUCAAGCUUGUUGGUCAAGUUCCUAGCUUACGACAACGUAUCGCGGGCAAGUCGAUCCCUCUUGAGAAAUUUAUGGCCCGCAAAGCCCGAAAAUGUCAAUCCCAAAACGGCCGCCUCGCGCUCCCCGCACUCGAACUCGCCUACCUCUUCCUCGGCAUCGCGCACGCUCCGAAACCGGUCAUUGUGGAGAAGAUGUUACCGCUAGUUGAUGUGCAGCUGGCAGAACUCAGACUGCACGCGAAGGAUACGAAGAAGUAUGGGGCUGUGAAUGCGAAUGGCGCUGGGAAGGCGGGGGUGGGGUAUUGGGACGAUUGGUGUUUGACGAGGUUUUUGGAAGGGAUAUGUAUGCGAUAUGUGGCGUAUCCGGAUCCGGAUGCGCUCACCGAGGGCAAUCAAGAUGAUGUCGCACCGUCGAAAGAAGACGCCACGGCUCGGUCGAUGGCCGCGUUCGAGUCUGUGUUCGAGAAUGGAACGAAUAUCGAGUUGGACCAUCAUCUUGUGUAUUUCUCCCAUUACGAGUACGGUCGCCUGCUAGCUUGUAAAGGCGACGCCGAGGGCGCGAAACAUCAGUUUGAGCUGGUGCUUUCGGGCAAGCAUCUCGAGGUGAAUUCUGCGGGGAAGAAGGGCAAGUAUAGCUUGGAGAGCAUGCUGCACAUGAAAACGAGCGCGGCGCUGGAUGCAUUGAACCAGACCAAGCGCCUUUGAGAUGGCCUUUGACUACCUCAGAGCGUGCACGUGGACGAAGACCUCGCAUCGCCUGUACCGCCAGACGAUUGUUUCUCAGACGCUGAUACGUGUCCGGCUGGCUUCAGACCUCCAUCCACGAGCCUCACCUCCAUCCACAUAUCGAUGCGGGAUAGUUCUUUAUCUGUACUCUCUGUUCGCUAUUGCAUCUCUGUUGUUGCACUUCGUUUAUUUCUAUCUGAGUCCUUCGGACGGACGUCCUGCUCUAUCUCCUGCCUCAUAUCUCUCUCGUCUUCAGCAUAUGUAUACUUAGAUCUUAUUAUUGCAUCCACACAUCUUCCAUGACGCUAUUCUUCCUCCGCCCUAACUCGAACUGUUUUGCUUCUACUCAUAGUCAUAGGGUAGACCUCGGGUUGUAUACCCUGGACCAGGCGCUGCCGGCCUCCGUAUUGUUCCUUGCAAUCGGUUUCUGGUUCGUUCGUCAUGGUACAUAGUACGCACUACUUAAUUGUACGACUCUCAUCCGGUUGAUUCACGCACUGAUUGAAUGCAUCGAUGAUUCACGC